UCCAAGGUAGCUGACAGGGCCGCUGCGGCUCGCCCCUCCCUUUCUCGGAACGUGGUUGGGCAGCUGCAGCUAGCUAGCCCACGCCGGGGUGAGAAGAGGGCUGGGGGCGGGAGAUGCCGGCGUUGUGCUCGCUGCUCGGCCCUCAGCGAGCACCGGCAGCCGUCUCCUCGCAGCCCGGGCUGCAGACCUAGCAGGUUCCCUCGUACUCUACCGAAAGUGAUAUUCAGCUUUGGUUAAGCGAUUGCCUGGUGCCGGAUGUGAUUGGAGCCAAAGGACUUUCCUGAUAUUGCUGCUUCACAGAUGUUAAAGUGAAGCAUAAGACGUUAAGUUUCGGGUUCAAGUUGAGACUUAGUUGGAGUUGAAAGGAGAGAGAAAAUGGAUUCUCAUUUUUCAGCAGCGAACUCAACCCUUGCCAUUAACGAGACUCUGUCUGCAACAGUAGCUCAUGGAUUCAAUUCCACCAAUGAGCCACCUUCAAUGUCAAUCACAAGGCUUUUCCCAGCCUUGCUGGAAUGCUUUGGCAUAGUCCUUUGUGGCUACAUAGCAGGGAGAGCCAAUGUCAUCACAUCGACACAGGCCAAAGGCCUGGGAAAUUUCGUCUCCAGAUUUGCCCUGCCAGCUUUACUCAAAAAUAUGGUUGUACUUAAUUUUUCCAAUGUGGAUUGGGCUUUCCUAUAUAGUAUCUUAAUUGGCAAAGCCUCUGUGUUUUUCAUUGUAUGCAUAUUGACCUUACUGGUUGCCAGUCCCGAGAGCCGAUUUAGCAAAGCUGGACUAUUCCCUAUUUUUGCUACACAAAGUAAUGACUUUGCAUUGGGAUAUCCUAUAGUUGAAGCUCUGUAUCAGACUACAUACCCAGAAUAUCUCCAGUACAUUUAUUUGGUGGCACCAAUAUCUCUUAUGAUGUUAAACCCUAUAGGGUUUAUCUUCUGUGAAAUCCAGAAGUCAAAAGACACUCAAAAUGCAUCUCAAAUAAAGUAAAAAAUUGUGGGACUUGGAUUUCUACGCGUGUUACAGAACCCGAUCGUAUUUAUGGUCUUUGUCGGCAUUGCCUUCAAUUUUAUUCUUGAUAAAAAGAUCCCUGUAUAUAUGGAGAACUUUCUCGAUGGACUUGCCAAUUCCUUCUCUGGAUCGGCCCUGUUUUACCUUGGUCUGACAAUGGUGGGGAAGAUAAAGCGGCUGAAGAAGUCGGCGUUUGUGGUGCUAACCGUUCUCAUCACAGCCAAACUCCUGGUGCUGCCCCUUCUGUGCAGAGAGAUGGUGGAACUCCUGGACAAGGGAGACAGUGUAGUGAACCACACGAGUUUGUCGAAUUACGCCUUUCUCUAUGGCGUCUUCCCCGUAGCCCCGGGCGUGGCUAUCUUUGCAACCCAGUUCAACAUGGAAGAGAUAACCUCAGGAAUGGUAAUAAGUACAUUUGUGUCUGCUCCAAUCAUGUAUGUUUCUGCCUGGCUAUUGACCUUUCCCACCAUGGAUGCUAAGCCGCUGGCAUAUGCCAUUCAGAACGUUAGUUUUGAUAUAAGUAUUAUCAGCCUGGUCUCCUUGAUCUGGUCCCUGGCUAUUCUUCUCUUGAGUAAGAAAUACAAGCAGCUUCCACAUCUGCUCACCACCAAUUUACUCAUUGCUCAGUCUAUUGUUUGUGCUGGAAUGAUGAUAUGGAAUUUUGUUAAAGAAAAAAAUUUUGUUGGACAAAUUUUGGUGUUUGUUCUAUUGUACAGUUCCCUGUACAGCACCUAUUUGUGGACAGGCCUUCUAGCGGUUUCUUUGUUUCUUUUAAAAAAGCGGGAGAGCAUGCAAAUCCCUGUGGGACUCAUCAUAAUAUCCGGCUGGGGAAUCCCUGCCCUUCUUGUUGGUGUGCUUCUGAUCACUGGGAAACACAAUGGAGACAGCAUUGACUCCGCCUUCUUUUAUGGAAAAGAGCAGAUGAUCACCACAGCGGUCACCCUGUUCUGCAGCAUUCUGAUAGCUGGCGUGUCACUCAUGUGCAUGAACCGUACCACCCAAGCUGGUCACUAUGAAGGUUUUGGCCAGUCUCAGGACCACAAGACAGCAGAGCCUGGAAGCACUGCGUUUGAGGAGAGCCCAGCACCACCAAACGAGCCAGAACUCUUCCCAGCUCCUCUUCCAGAAACAAGUUGCUGUUCUUGCUCCCUGGGAAAUGGUGACUUACGCUGUCCAUCAAUAGAGCCAGUAACAGACACAAGUGCCAGUGGGCCUAUGCCUUCUUCCUUCGAGAAAACGGACCACUGUGUAAGUCGCUGUGACUCCCAGAGCUGCAUCCUAGCCCAGGAAGAAGAGCAGUACCUGCAGACUGGAGACCCACAACUGACUCGCCACGUCCUGCUGUGUUUGCUUCUCAUCAUUGGCCUGUUUGCUAAUCUCUCCAGCUGUUUAUGGUGGCUGUUCAACCACGAGACGGGGCGGCUCUACGUUGAACUGCAGUUUUUCUGUGCCGUGUUUAACUUCGGCCAGGGAUUUAUUUCCUUUGGAAUCUUUGGGCUGGAUAAACAUUUAAUCAUCCUACCUUUCAAAAGAAGGCUUGAAUUCCUGUGGACCAAUAAGGAAGCGGCAGAAAACAGAGAGUCCCCUGUUUCUGAAGAAAUCAAAAUGACCUGCCAACAGUUCGUACAUUACCACCGUGACCUGUGCAUCCGAAACAUCGUCAGAGAAAGAAGGUGUGGUGCAAAGUCGUCUGCCGGGACCUUCUGUGGCUGUGACCUGGUGAACUGGCUAAUUGAAGUGGGCCUGGCCUCUGACCGCGGUGAGGCCGUGAUCUACGGAGACAGACUGGUGCAGGGGGGAGUCAUCCAACACAUCACCAAUGAAUACGAGUUCCGGGAUGAGUAUUUGUUUUACAGAUUUCUUCAGAAGAGUCCUGAACAGAGUCCUCCUGCUGUGACCGUAAGCACCCCCCAACAGGAAAGCUAUAAAGAAAUCGGACACUCUUCUCCAGCCUCACUUUCCCCUAAGACUUAAAUUACAAAGGCGAGGACCCCACUUGGACUCGUACCCUCUAGUCUCACAUCUGGGACUUUUAGCUGUGGGAUCUGGGGCAGGUUACCUUUCUGAGCCUCUGUCGUCUCUGCUGUAAGUGGCAAAUGCAUUCCUACCCUGUCCUGACGUGCUAUGACCUCAUGUGCGGGAAAAGCACAUAGGAAACCCGCCAGAGAAAGCCUGGAGUUAGACGUUCUGAUAACGGGUGCGGUGAUCGCUAUAGGCACCACUGUUCCAAUACUUUAAAAUCUUCUCCUUCUGCAAGUGUUCGCUAUAAUUUCAAAGUCAGUGUUCAACUGGCUGUUAUUUUUAAAUUGCCAAAUUUGGCAGGUUUGCUGCUCUAAAAAUGAACCUUAAGACAACUUUACAUUUAUCAAUAACACUUCCCUCAAACAGA